CACGGACUGCAAGUCGAUAAAGUGCACCGCGUUUUAGAGUUUCAACAAAGUGCUUGGUUGAAACCAUACAUUGAGUUGAACACUGAAAUGCGGAAAAAGGCGGCAAAUGCUUUUGAAAUUGCAUUUUUCAAACUAAUGAAUAAUGCCGUCUUUGGGAAAACAAUGGAGAACAUGCGGAAACGCAUCCGUAUUGAGCUAAUCUCCAGUCCCGAACGUCUAAGCAAGCUCGUAAACCAACCAACCUUCAACGACUGUAUCAAAUACGGUGAAAGGUUGUGCGCCGUCAUAAUGGACACAAAGAUGGUCAAGUUUAUCAAACCAAUAUACGUCGGUUUAGCAGUGCUUGACAUUAGCAAGACGCUAAUGUACAAGUACUUCUACGACGUAUUGAAACCACAUUAUGGCAGUGCAAUCGAAUUGGUUUACAUGGAUACUGACUCCUUCAUAUACCUACUCAAAGUAGGCGACUUUUACCAGGAUUUAGCUGGUAGCCCCGAUUUACUGGUGCACGUGGACGCAUCUAGCCUGCCCAAGGAUCACCCUUGCUACUCCACCGAUAGAAAGAAGAUGCCCGGCUUGUUUUCAGACGAGACCAGUGGCCUCACUCUCUUUGAGAUCGCUGCACUUCGAUCAAAGUGCUACGCAUUUGACAUGGAAGGCAGCGAACUCAUAAAGUCUAAGGGGAUCCGCGGACACNAUGCAUUUAUUUUUUACAUAGUAUUUUAUCGUUGGUAA